AGUCAGGAUCAGCAUCAUAAUGGAUCUUAAUUGAAGCAAUAAAAGGGUAAAAUGAUGAAGAGAUUGGCUUUUAAUUGCUCUCUUUCUACUAAAGCCCUCCUGGGUGAGUUGGUAUGAAGGCAGUACUUCAAUAAAAGAUUAACAUAGAUCAUUAAAAUUGACCGCCUCAGAGUGAAGUGUGUGUGGUAGAGUAAGAGCUCAUUUCACACAAAACCACAUACUUUUAACGCGAUCUGACCAGGGGAAACAUCCCGACCACUGCCAGGUUUCAGUGUUGCGAUCUCUCUCUUUUUCUCUCUUGGAUUUGUUCAUCUCUUGUCACUCUCCCGUUGUCUUUUUGCCUUACUGCUCCUAUCUGAUCUCUAUACUUUUCUUCCUUUCUCCAGUGAUGUCGUCUCUUCUGAGGGAGGAGAUGCAGAGAGUUUUAUUCCGACCUGAUAAACAGAGAUUGAUUGAGUUUAUUGAGAUUGAAGAGCCGACACACGGAAAACAUUUUAUCUGUGUCUCAGUUUCAAAAAGCAAAGUGGUGCAGUUAUCUAUAGUCCGAUGUCAGAUAUCUCAGACGUCCCUAAAGGCUGGAUCCAAGAAGUCCCACACCAAACGCUCCAGCAUACAGGAGUGUUACAGGAGGACGGAGGUCUGGUCCCUGCAAGACCUGACUCUUGUUGACGGACGGGACCCUGAUGUGGAUGACCCCUGUUUCCUGCUGCACUUUGACAAUGUGCGUACAGUGACGGCCAUCAGCUGCUCAGCCAAAUACACAUUUGUGCGUGCCCUGGUUGCUCUCAGCGACAAGCACUGUCAGAUGUCACUGAACCUGCGGAACUUUGACUGGGCCUACAUCAAGCCCACUUCCUUUUACUCUAAUAGAGGAGACUGUGUUGUUCUUUCACAGAUAUGCUUCUAUGCAUUCAACUUGGUAUGUCUGUCCAUGUGUCCUGUGCCUCUGGAUGCAUAAUGGAAUGACACAAUGAUUGUGUGUGUGUGUGUGUGUGUGUGUGUGUGUGUGUGUGUGUGUGUGUUGGAAAACUGUAGCAGGUUUACUGUUAACUUGUGUGAUGAGGUGUGAAAAUAGUGUAGGCGUGUGGCUUCUGUUACACUAAUAGGGCUUAUUCACCAUGAAAUGUCUUUUGCAUUAAUACUCUGCUGAAUGUAUCUUCAUGGCAAAUGCAAGUUUUAAGCAGCUUGGUAUUUGUUAACUGUAUAAUCUACUUUUGUGAUAUUUUAAUGGCUUAUUCCUGAAAGUAUUCUAUCCUGUGUGCUAUUGUAAAAAUGUGAAUUUCAAA